AAUUAGGGAUUUAGGGAAUUUGAAGGUCAAUCGAAGUCCCGACUCCUCCUCUGCACUCUGCUGUGUCUGCACCUCUCCUCCACCUCCAGGCGGUGGCUAAACUGGAUUGCUGCUCACUCCCUCAUGUGGGGAAUGCCAUAGAAACAAUGGACUCUGUUGAAAGUUUGACAAAAUCUUUCUGCUAAUGAAAUUUGGAUUUGAUGUUCAGCCCUCUGCAGUUUUAAACCCUGGGUUCAUGACUGACUACAGACUCUGAAAAUUUGAAAAUGGCAAGGUGCCUCUUCUUUCAUCGGAAAUCCAUAUUGAAUGCCCUCAACAAACCCCAAAAUCCAAUCUCAGUCCCUCUCUCGUUCAAUCUCUGCACAGACUCAUUUGCCAACCAAACUCAUCAACCCCAGAUUGAAGACCCAACAGAGAACCACAACCCCACCAACCUCCAGGAGCAACAACACCAUGAGCAAAUCCGAAAGCUCCGAGUCCUCCUUCAGCAGGGUCGUUCUGAAACCGCACGGAGGCUCAUCAAGUCUCUCGUUCUCCCCAGUUCACCCUUCUCUUCCCCCACUGAGCUCUACACCUUGUUUUCUCUCUCUGCACCCUCCAUGAAACCCGCAUUCUGUGACAUGCUUUUAGUGGCUUGUUCAGAGUCUAAGAUGCCGAACGAAGCAGUAGAAUUGUACAGUUUGAUGAGGAAAAGUGGUACACGCCCUUGCUUAGCUUCUCUCAAUGUGAUGCUUGAAUCUUUGGUGACUUCGAAACAGUUUGGUAAGACCCUUGAAUUGUUUUCGGAGAUUUUUGAGUCCGGUCAGGGCAUUCGACCUGAUAAGUUCACGUAUGGGAAGGCAAUACAAGCUUCUGUAAAGUUAGGGGACCUGGAAAGGGCUGAUCAGCUAGUGAAUUCAAUGAAGAUGAAGCGGAUGAGUCCAGGUGUGUUUGUGUAUAAUGUGUUGCUCAGCGGGAUGUGUAAAGAGAAGAAAAUGAGGGAUGCACAGAAGGUGUUUGAUGAGAUGGUUGAGGGAAAGGUGGCCCCAAAUUUGGUUACAUACAAUACGAUGAUUGAUGGGUAUUCUAAGGUUGGUGAGUUGGAGAAGGCCUUUGAAUUGAGAGAGAGGAUGAAGGAUGAGAAUGUGGAAGCUAAUAUGGUCACAUAUAAUACAAUGCUUAGUGGACUUUGUCGGGUGAAGAGAAUGGAGGACGCGAAAAGGAUUUUAGAAGAGAUGGAAGCUCACGGCUUUGCGCCUGAUGGUUUUACUUAUAGCAUACUCUUUGAUGGGCAUUUCAGGUGUGGGGAUGGUGAGGGGUCACUGGCUUUAUUUGAAGAAGCAAACAGGAAAGGUGUGAGGAUUAAUAGUUAUACUUGUAGCAUUUUGUUGAAUGGCUUGUGCAAGGAAGGAAACAUUGAGAAGGCAGAGGACGUUUUGAGGAAACUAAUGGAAACUGGUUUUGUUCCAGAUGUAGUAGUAUAUAAUACUAUCGUCAGUGGUUAUUGUCGAAUUGGUGAGAUAGACAAAGCCAUCUUGGCCAUUGAACAAAUGGAAGUUCGCGGGUUGAAGCCGAAUUGCAUCACUUUCAAUUCUUUGAUUGACAAGGUCUGUGAGACAAAGAAUAUGGAUAUGGCUGAGGAAUGGGUGAAGAAGAUGGCAAAGAAGGGAGUUAUUCCAAAUUUGGAGACGUAUAACAUCCUUAUUAAUGGCUACGGGCAGAUGUGCGUAUUUGAUAAGUGUUUCCAGAUUCUUGAAGUGAUGGAAAAUAAGGGGAUUAAGCCAAAUAUUGUGAGCUAUGGUUCUCUUGUAAAUGGUUUAUGCAAAGACGGGAGGCUUCUUGAAGCUGAGAUAGUACUGAGGGACAUGGUAAGCAGAGGGGUUUUGCCAAAUGCACAAAUAUAUAAUAUGCUCAUUGGUGGUACAUCUACAGUGGGGAAUCUGAAAGAUGCUUUCAGAUUUUUCGAUGAGAUGGCGAAAACUGGGAUAAAUCCAACACUUGUAACCUACAAUGCACUCAUUCAUGGACUCUGCAAGAAAGGACGGGUGAUGGAAGCUGAAGACUAUGUCUCUCAAAUUACAAGUAGCGGUUAUAGUGCAGAUGUGAUUACAUACAACUCCCUAAUUGCAGGUUAUUCUGAUGCAGGAAACACCCAGAAAUGUCUGGAAUUAUAUGAAACUAUCAAGAGUCUGGGCAUGAAACCUACUUUGUAUACAUAUCAUCCUCUAAUUAGUCGAUGUAGCAGGGAAGAUAUGGCAUUGGCAGAGAAGCUGUAUAGUGAAAUGCUACAGAUGGGCUUGGUUCCUGAUCGGAUUGUAUAUAAUGCACUCAUCCAUGGUUACGCAGAGCAUGGAGACACUCAAAAGGCGCUUGCUUUGCACUCUGAGAUGGUAAACCAGAAGAUUUAUGUUGACAGGAUGACAUAUAAUAGCUUGAUUCUGGGGCACUUCAAGCAAGGAAAAAUUUCAGAGGUAAAGGACUUAGUAAAUGAUAUGAAGGCUCAAGGACUGGCUCCUAAAGCUGAUACAUAUAACUUACUUGUUAAGGGACACUGCGAACUGAAGGACUUCAGUGGUGCAUAUUUUUGGUAUAGGGAACUGUUUAAGAAUGGUUUUCUUCUAAACGCCUUGACGUGCCUUGAACUUACAUCUGGCCUUCAAAAGGAGGGGAGGUUGCGAGAGGCCGAGAUUGUCUGCUCAGAAAUGAGCGUCAAAGGAUUGAAUGACUGCAGUUCUAAUGAGGAUGUGUUUUCUGUUGCCAAUGUAAAGGGAACAGAUGUUUGCCAUUCUUGAAGUUCUCAGCACAAGAAUCGGCCAAGAUAUAAGAAUAUUGCAAAACCAGUAACCAAGUAUCCUUAGCGUACGUCUGUGCUGGCAGCCUGGCAUAUCCUUGAAGAGGAGCACAGUUAACUCCAAAAAGGACUUGGUCAGAUAAUUUCAGAAGUAAUCCGGCCAAAAAUGUAUGGUAUCUUUAUAACUUUAUGUACGUUCUCACAGGGGCGCUGGAUUGCUGGCAUAACCUCCAAGGACCAGAGAAGAUAUUUACAGGAUUCCACUGGUGCAUAUUUGGGGUGAAGGAAAAUGUUCGAGCAUGGUUUUCUUCAAAAGGAGGUGAGGUUGCGAGAGCCCGGAUAAUGGUCAGCGGAAUGGAUGAUCGCAGCUCUAAUGACGAUGUGUUUUCCGUUGCAAAGGUGUAGGGAUCAGAUGUUUGGUGCUCAAGUCCACGGUGCAAGAAUUGGCCAAGAUAACCCGUAUAGAAGUACUGCUGAACCAGUAACCCGGCAAUGAACCUUCCUUUCUCUUCAACUUUUAUGCUCUACGGGAUGGAAAGCUAUGCUCAGCUUCAGAUGCGGAGAAACGUUAAUGACGAUGAUUCUGGGGCUGAAGAUGGAGACAUACGUUGAAGACGUAAGUUUCGAGGACUCUGUAUAACUGUACAGUGAAUUAUGGUUGCUGUGUACCUUGUUUAUCCUCUUCUUCUUCCAUGUAAGCAAGGAACUACGCGUAUUUUCGGAUAAGCAUUCCGAAAACAUACAAUAUCCCAACUUCAAUUGCAAAGACAGGUAGAAUCUUCAUUUGAACAUUA